AUGGUGCGAAGAGGGCCUCUCUCUUUGAUACCACCACUAUCAUUCAGACCCACUCAAACAAUCACCCUGAGCCUCCCUCUCAUCUACAGAUCCUCCCCCAAAUCAUUUGCAACAAAAAUGGCUUUCCAUGUCACGGCCGCUGCCGCCUCUGCUUCCACCGUCACUACAAGAAAGCUUCCCGUUUUGCUGUUCGACAUAAUGGACACGAUUGUUCGCGACCCUUUUUACCACGACAUCCCUGCAUUCUUCGGAAUGUCCAUGAAGGAACUAUUAGACUGCAAACAUCCUACAGCGUGGAUUGAGUUUGAAAAAGGUCUCAUUGAUGAGAUGGAACUAGAAAGAAUAUUUUUCAAAGAUGGAAGACAAUUUGACUUGGAAGGUCUCAAAAGCUGUGUAAGACAAGGAUACUCCUAUAUUGAAGGUGUUGAAGAACUUCUUUGUACACUCAAAGACAAUGGCUAUGAGAUUCAUGCUUUUACAAAUUACCCAAUAUGGUACAAAAUGAUAGAAGACAAAUUGAAGAUUUCCUCUUAUUUAUCUUGGACAUUUUGUUCAUGUAUAAUGGGAAAAAGAAAACCUGAUCCCCUUUUCUAUUCAGAAGUUAUAAAGUACCUUGACACUGAGCCACAUAAUUGUGUCUUUAUUGAUGACAGGAUGAAGAAUGUAGAGGCUGCAAAAGAAGCUGGCAUCAUUGGAUUACAGUUCAAGAAUGCAGAUUUAUUGAAGCAGGAUUUAUCUCUUUUAGGCAUCAAAUUUGAAAACAAGAACAUGGAAAACAAGUUUGAGCAAACACAUGGGCUAUGAAACUAUGAAACCAUCCCCAAUAAUGGUUCAUACAUUUUUUAGCAUUUCUUUUGUUGUAAGAAAUAUGAAAAAAAAGUAUGAUUCUUUUCACUGAAGUAUGUACAGUGUUCCUUGAUGAACACAUGGUUCUUUUUUUUUAUACAUGCUUGAUGACAAAAAAUAAAAAAGCUAUUAUAGAAUGGCCUCUAGCAUGACAUACAUUCAUUUCUUCUCUUAUAAAGUUAUAAACUUUGUGCUUUAUGCCUAUAAGAUAACUAAUUCUUAUAGAAUGAUCCCAAACAUGGCAUAUACAUGCUACAUUUUUCAAAGUAUAAUGUUGUAGCAUUUAUCCCUUAAUCUUUGUUCAAACUAUGAGAAAGAAUUGUUCAUAUCCUACAACUAAUGCAGCUUACUUGGGAUGAGACUAUUUCCACAGCCUUUUCUACAACAACACUAAACCAAACUUACAAUUCAAAGUCAAACAAUAAAAGUAUAAAACACAAGCCAUAUACAACUAAAACACCAUCAUACACUAUUCUUUUAUGCCCAUAUCAACUAACAAAACAAUUUCAUGUGAAAUUUCUUCUUUCCUUGUGACCGAGGUGCUAUGCUCCUUGCACAACCCCUACAGGAUCCAAGGGUAAAAUGGGCUUUUCACUUUCCAUACGUAUGCUCAUUUGUAUGUUAUUGAUGCUAUGAUGCAGAAGCUUUUGAUGUUAAAGUAUGGAGCAUUGAUUGAGCAACAAUCAACUCCUCUCGAAGCAUCACAUUGUAUUCGUAUAAGUUUUGAAGGUUUUUCUGGAUUUCUGAAGCACUUAAUUCUG